CUUCGUUCCUCACUCUUGGUGGCGACUUCUUCUUCUUCUUCUUCUUCUUUCCUGUUCGUGUUGCUUCUAGACGUUUCUGCAAUAUCUGUAUUAUUCAAACAAUAUUUGUUGCCUCAAUUUGACAGGGAUCUAAGCCAUCUGCCACGAUGUAUCUUCAGUUUUACAUAAACGACAAUGGUGACAAGGUCUACACCACUAAGAAAGAAACACCGCUUGGCUUAGCUACACAAUCUGCUCACCCUGCUCGGUUUUCACCGGAUGACAAAUAUUCAAGGCAGAGGGUGCUUCUGAAGAAGCGUUUUGGAUUAUUACCAACCCAGCAACCACCUCCAAAGUAUUGAGAGUGAUUUGUCUAACAUGCUCUUGCUGUAUUAUUGUAUUUUAAUUUAAUUUUCUCUUUAUUAGUGGUGUUUUCUUAUAUAUGCUGGUGUCAUAGUGAAAUGUUAAAGUGAAAUGAUGAAUUUUGAAAUACAAUAUGCUGUUCAAUUUUU